AUGAAUGCACAAAAGCCUCUGUCAAAGUGGACGCCCGCCUCGCCGGUGGAGCCCACUGCGCCGUGGACCUCUGCUGGGUGCAGCGCUGGCGGCGCCACGCUCUUUGUGAGCACGCACCAGGCGCUGCUGACGCUCGGCGCGGCCGCCAGCGGUGACGGCUGCGUCUCACGGGUCUCCAACUCGUUUGGUCACUAUUAUGGUGCGGCGCCCGUGGCCGCCUUGCAGGCGGCCGGCGCGGGCUCGACUCGCGCACUGCUCGUCGGCUCGCAGGGCCGCCUCUCGCGGCCGAGGAGGGCGGCUCGUCGCUCGCUGGCCGCAGGGAGGCCGAGCCCACGCAACGCGUCUGCCGCGCCGCCGGGGCUGCAGGACGCGCUCCUCCUGCUGGACCCGGAGGCGCGGUCGGUGCUCGGCUGGUGGGCGCUGCCGACGGUGUACCUGCACGACUCUGUGCUCAGCGGCUCUGACCUCUUCUCCGUCGACACGGACAGCGGUCGCGUGCUCCGCUUCCGCGUCUCGGCCGGCACAGCCGCGGCUCCGAUGCCUCCGUCGGCGCUGCCCCUGUCAGAGGGAGGGUGGGCGGCGGUGGAGCACGUGCGCAGCUACGAGAGCAGCGGCGCGCCGCGCGCAGCGCACGCCAACGGCCUCACGCUCGGGCUGGGCCGGCUGUGGGUGAUGCACAACAACCUGGCCUCUCGCUCUGCGGUGCAGCUCGUCGACGCCGCCUCGGGCGCGCUCGGCGCUCGGCUGCCGCUCGGCGGAGCAAACUGCCACAGCCCGCUCUUCUACCGCGGCCGGCUCCUCUACCUGCUCUCCGCCUCCGGCGGCCUCGGCCGGCUCCACCCGAACGGGACGAGCGACACGCUCUGGGCGGCGGGCGCCCGCUACUUCUCAAAGGGGCUCGCGGUCGUGGACGACAUCGCCUACCUCGCCGUCGCGCUGAGGCAGCGAGCCGCCGUCGAGCGGAACUUCGCCGCCUCCGAGGUUGCGGCCUUCGACCUGCUCCGGCACGUGCUCCUCUGGCGGCGGCCGCUCCCCUUCCCCGGCCUCGUCAACAGCCUCACCGCGCCGCGGGUCGGGCCCGGCUGCUCGUGGCGCGCCUGCGCCACAGGCGCGGCGGGCGAAGCCGCCGAGAGCCUGCACGCGCCGCGCGAGGCUGAGUGGGCGGCGGCCUUGCGGGCAGCGCCCACCCAGGGUGGCUUGUUUGGCGCACUUGGGUGA